AUGUCCGUGCAUGUCAACGAGGAUUCUGGUUUGGAGGAUACUAUUGGCAACGGAGAGGGCCUGUUGGUUGCCAAUGGCGCUACAAACGGCAAAUCCAACCACAAGAUGUCGAUUGCGGGAAUGCUCUCGAGUUCGGUAGAAAACUCUCCCGAGACUCCUACGGACGACUCAUAUCUCUCCGGUGAUCUACUUGCCUCUUUCAAAACAAGACUGCAAAACCUGGUUGAGCUGGAUCAGAUAUCGCUGUUCGAGGUCAACACGUUGAAGUUCCUCAAAGAGGAGUUUGGUCUAAUGAACGAUCUCAAGCUGGAACAGUCCUAUAUGCUCGAGGGUUUGAAGGAUGAGCUUCUGGUGAAGGACUCGAAAAUUAUUGAAAAGCUUGUGUCCAGGGAGAAGCUCAUUAAGGAAGAUUCGUUGAAGAAAGACGACUUUACGAAGAAGAGCACCGACAAAAAGCAGGAUUCCGAUGCUUUGGCCAAGCCAAAGAAGAAGAGGCGUGCUGUUCCUGCGAAUAUGAUGAUGGACAUAGCCCCAGCCGAUUUUAUAGGUACUCUUCCGGCCAAACGCAAAAGGCCGAUGAGGAAACCCAACGAAAACGAGGUUGAUCCAGACACUGUUGAUCUCAAUACGGGCCGGAAGAAGGUUAAGAGAGCCCCAAGGACUGAAAUAUUGAAAAAUGGCGCCAGAGAUGCCAAUGGCGAUGCUGAGGCUGACUCCAAGGAUGCUGAAAAGGACGAUCCAAAGAUGAAGUAUUCGAGCAAAGAGCAAAAGGCCAUUGACAAGCAGUAUGAUAACACGUUCCUUUCGAUAUGGAAGGAUCUGGCCAGAAAGGAUGGUCCAAAGGCGUACAGGCAACUGCAGCAGAGUGAGCAGGCCAAGAUGAUCAACUUCAAGAAGACUGCUCAAUUGGCCUCACGUGAGUCCAAGAGAUGGCAGAUCAAGACCAACAAGUCCCAGAAAGAUCUGCAAACCAGGGCCAGAAGGGCUACCAGAGAGAUGCUCAACUACUGGAAACGUAAUGAAAGAGAAGAACGUGAUCUUCGCAAGAAGGCCGAGAAGAAGGCCAUCGAUAAGGCCAAAAAGGAAGAAGAAGAACAUGAGGCGAAAAGACAAUCGAGAAAGCUGAACUUUUUGAUUACUCAGACAGAACUUUACUCUCAUUUCAUUGGCAAAAAGAUUAAGACGGAUGAAUUCGAAGGUAAUAUGGCUGAUUCCUCAAUUACAAAUGGUGCUACCGUGGCUGGCCAUGAUGGCAACGUUGAUAUCUCUCAUGCCAAAUCCGAUUUCAACUCAAUUGAUUUUGAUGCUCAUGAUGAUGAGACUCUUCGUCUGACUGCUGCUGCCAAUGCUCAAGCUGCUUUGAUGGAGACGAAGCAAAAGGCUGAGGCUUUCAACGGAGGCGACAAGAACGCCGACGACGAGGACGAGAUGAACUUCCAGAACCCGACCUCGCUUGGUGAAAUUGCAAUAGACCAGCCAAAGCUUUUGAACUGUACUUUGAAAGAAUACCAGAUGAAGGGUCUCAAUUGGUUGGCCAACUUAUACGACCAAGGUAUCAAUGGUAUUCUUGCCGAUGAAAUGGGUCUGGGUAAGACUGUCCAGAGUAUAUCGGUGUUGGCCUAUUUGGCAGAGACCCAUAACAUUUGGGGUCCUUUCUUAGUGGUCACUCCUGCCUCAACUUUGCACAAUUGGCAACAAGAAAUUACAAGGUUCGUGCCGGAUUUCAAGGUGUUACCCUAUUGGGGUAAUUCAAAGGAUCGUAAAGUUUUGAGAAAGUUUUGGGACAGAAAGAAUGUCGUUUACAACAAGAGCUCUCCAUUCCAUGUUCUGGUGACGUCUUAUCAGCUCAUUGUGGCUGAUGCUCAGUACUUUCAGAAAGUGAAAUGGCAAUACAUGAUUCUGGAUGAAGCCCAAGCCAUCAAAUCUUCUCAAUCCUCUCGGUGGAAGUCCUUGUUGAGUUUACAGUGUCGUAAUAGGCUCUUGCUGACUGGUACUCCAAUCCAGAACACCAUGCAAGAACUUUGGGCUCUGUUGCAUUUCAUCAUGCCUUCGCUGUUUGAUUCGCAUGACGAGUUCAGCGAAUGGUUUUCCAAAGACAUUGAAUCGCAUGCUCAGUCAAAUACCCAGUUGAACCAACAGCAGCUGAAGAGAUUACAUGUCAUUCUUAAGCCGUUCAUGUUGCGUCGUAUCAAGAAGAAUGUGCAGAGUGAACUUGGAGACAAGAUUGAGAUCGACGUAUUCUGUGAGUUGACAAACAGACAGAAGACGCUGUAUAAGAUGCUGAGAUCACAGGUUUCUUUGAUAGAUCUUCUUGAAAACAAUGCGGCCUUUGCAAACAGCAAUCCUGGUGAGCUGGACAGUGAUUUCACCUCCGAUUCGCUGAUGAACUUGGUUAUGCAGUUCAGAAAGGUAUGUAACCAUCCUGAUCUUUUUGAACGAGCAGACACGAGAUCUGCUUUCAAUUUCGGUAAGUUUGCAGAGACAAGUUCUUUCCUAAGAGAGGCUGCUACGAACAAUGGUGUUUUGGAAUUCACCUACAAUACCACGAACGAGAUUCAAUACUCCAUUCCGAAACUGAUAUUCGAUGAGAUAUUGUCUGUCAACUACAACAACGAGAUCAAGGACCUUGAAUUUGUUACAAAUUCCAAGCUUAACGUUUGGUCGAACGCAUAUAUCCAAGAGAGUUCUCAACAAAAAGAUGGAAUCUUCACAUGGCUUCCCUUCAUUAACUCGUCACCUGCUGAUGUUGUCAGGACAGCCAAACAGUCUACUUUGAAAAAUGCUAUUGACUUGAAGACGUAUAGUGGAAAUUCAAAGCAAGAGAUGUUAAAUCGUCUGGAGAUUGCUUACGCAGACGAGUACAAACUCUCCGCUGACAAAAGCCUAUUUCUGAUCAACCGUGGAUCCAAAGCGUCUGUCUUUGAUGACUCUGAGCUGAAAGAACUUUACUCAAUCCAGAAAAAGGUCGAUCAGGACAUGUACUUCAAUGUUACCAGUGCAUCUGCAUUCCCAGUGGUUUCAGCUCCGCCAAUCGAUGUUGUUUGUCACAAAAUGAGGUUUGGAAACAUCUUGCAGGAUACGUUGUUUGACAAAACUAUCCGUACUGCUCUUGCACCUCUGGAUUUGAAUCUUCAAUACGAGCUAUUAUCGAAAAAGAUUCCAAUUGAUGAGUUUCCCAAAGCCGAGAUGUUGCCACAGCCGAUCAGCUCCAGUGUGGGUUAUACUUCCAUUAGUCUGCCUUCCAUGAAGAGAUUUGUGAUUGAAAGUGGCAAGCUCUCUAAGUUGGACCAGAUGCUUGUUGAUCUGAAGGCUAACGACCACAAAGUGCUGAUCUACUUCCAGAUGACCAAGAUGAUGGAUCUCAUGGAGGAGUUUUUGACAUACAGGCAAUACAAGUAUAUCCGUCUCGAUGGUUCAUCCAAGUUGAGCGACAGACGUGAUUUGGUCCACGACUGGCAGACGAAGCCGGAACUAUUCAUCUUUUUGCUUUCCACAAGAGCUGGUGGUCUGGGUAUCAACUUGACCGCUGCUGAUACUGUCAUUUUCUACGACUCUGACUGGAAUCCAACCAUUGACUCACAGGCCAUGGAUAGAGCGCAUCGUCUGGGUCAGACUAGACAGGUCACUGUGUACAGACUGUUGACCAGGAAUACGAUCGAAGAACGCAUGCGUAAUCGUGCCAAACAAAAGGAACAUGUUCAGCAGGUUGUCAUGGAAGGCAAGUCCGGUCCGAUGCCAGGAAAGACGGAGAAGAAAGAUGCUUCCAAGCGUGAGGUUGCUAUGUGGCUCUUGGAUAAAGAGGAUGAUGAAGAUGACUCCAGCAAGACUGUUAGCGGAGAUGGCGACGAGGGCGAUGGAAAUGUUCAGAUCGACCAAGACACUUUGAAGUUGGAAGAGCUUUACCAUGAGGGCGAGGGAAGGUUUGACAGUGGAACGGUCACACCUUCCGUGCAAUAG